UUCUCUGGAUCCCCUUUCUCCCCGAGUCGCGAAAUUGAGUGCCCUAACCCUAACACAUCUCCGGUUCCAAGUUUCUCAGCCCAAGCUCACAUCUCCGGUUCCGAGUUUCUCUCCGACUUCCGAGCCAUCUCCGGUUCCAAGUUUCAGUCCGACUUUCGCUUCCGAAGUUUCGACUUCCGACUUCCGAGUUUCAGUCUGAGCUUCACCGCAUCGGUUUUCUGCAACACCGCCGUCGAAAUCCUAAUUCUACUGUUUCGGCUGAUUUGGAAUUAGAUCUUCCCAUAACCGUCUUCCCUCUCGUCUUCUGCUCUGCUGUUUGUCCUCUUCGAUUCUACAUUCGGUUUGAUGCUAAUACACACAGGAUAAGGUGAAGUUGCCAGCAAACCCCUCAGCCCCAGUAGAGCAGUGUACUGAGCAGCGAGCACUACUACUACUUCCCCCCAUCACUUAACCCACCACCCAAUAAUAUAUUCCAUCAAUCUCUCCUCUCUCUCACUGAUCAUAAUCGAUCAAACAUGCAGCCGGAUACAACGUCGAUGAUCCAGCCGCACCUGCAACAGCAGCAGGAACAACUUCCACACGUUGCGGUGUUAGCUUUCCCCUUCUCCUCCCACGCUGCCUCCCUCCUCGCCGUCAUCCGCCAUCUCGCCUCUGCACCCCCAGCCUCCACUGCCGUCUUCUCCUUCUUCAGCACCCACAAGUCCAACCGCUCCCUCUUCCCCACCCCCCCGCCGCCCACCACCAGUACAAUUACAACUACAGCUACAACUACCACUACAACCUCAUCCUCAUCUUCCUCGGCCUUCAACAUGAUCAAGGCUUAUGACGUCACGGACGGGGUGCCUGAGGGCUAUGUGCUCCAGGGGAAGCCCGAGGAGGACAUCGGCCUCUUCAUGAGGGCUGCCCCCGAGGGCUUCCGUAAGGCGAUGGAGGCUGCAGUCGCUGACUCCGGGAGGAGGAUCACCUGUGUGGUGGCCGACGCCUUUUUCUGGUUCGCCGAGGAGAUAGCUGCAGAGCAGCGGGUGCCCUGGGUUGCCUUCUGGAUCGGUGGACCCUGCUCCCUCGCCGCCCAUAUCUACACUGACCUCCUCAGGAGCAAACUCCAUGUCACCUACGGAAUAGCGGGGCUCGGGGACGAGAGGCUUAAUGACUUCAUCCCUGGUAUGUCAAAUAAGAUGCGACUCAAGGACCUCCCCGAAGGAGUCCUCUUCGGCGAUUUGGACUCCCCUUUCUCCCACAUGCUCCUCCGCAUGGGCCGAUCAUUACCACGAGCAACAGCCGUUGCUCUCAAAUCUUUUGAGGAGCUGGACCUUUCCCUUACCCAACAUCUCAAGUCCCACCACAUCCCCACCUUGCUCAGCAUCGGGCCUUUGAACCAGCUGCAGGGGGCUCAUAAUUUAGUAGCAGGAGCACCCAGAGUCUCCGAUGAGUACAGGUGCCUCCUGUGGCUUGACAGUCAGAAGCCGGCACCUGCUUCCGUCGCCUACAUCGGCUUUGGGACAGUGAAAGUCCCUCCUAGGAGCGAGCUCGUGGCAAUAGCAGAAGCCCUGGAGGCCAGCGGGGUGCCCUUCAUAUGGUCCCUCAAGGAGGAGGUCUGGGACCACGGCCUACCGGACGGAUUCAUAGGAAGGACGAGGAAGCAGGGGAUGGUGGUUCCCUGGGCCCCACAGGUGGACAUCCUGUCCCAUGGAGCAGUCGGGGCUUUCGUGAUGCAUUGCGGGUGGAGCUCAUUGCUGGAGGGCAUAGCAGGAGGGGUGCCGAUGAUCUGCAGGCCCUUCUUUGCGGAUCAAGGGCUGAAUGGGAGGUUGAUCGCGGAUGUGCUGGGGAUCGGUCUGAUGGUCGAGGGGGGAGCCAUAACCAAGGAGGGCCUGGUGAGAAGCCUGGGUAUGAUCCUGAAUGGGGACGAGGGGAAACGGAUGAGGGAGAACGUCAGGCACCUCCGACUACAGGCUGGGAAGGCACUAAGCCCAACGGGCAGCUCCACUGGCAACUUCAACAAGCUGCUGCAGAUCAUUACAACAGGAGCUCCUCCUUGUUGACAUUGAGACCAAGAAAAAGGAAACUUCCAUUACGCCUCAAAAACUGAACGGACUCUGAGACCGUCCCAAGUUAUCACCUGCCCGUGCUGUGCCAUGGCAAUCUGACUGUUCUCUUCCGUACCGGAUAUAAACAUCAGUUGUUACAGUUUCCUCAUUCCCAUCUCUUUCCGCGUUCUAUAUAUAAGCGACGUGGCAGCAUAUCGAUCGAUGACGCACUUGUCACAUUUUUAUUUGUUGAAACUCGAAAGGUCAAGUAGUAAGAAGCUUGAUUCAUCCCACGCGGCAUGUUUCCAAGCUUCGUCUUAGCUUUUAUAUAUUAUGUAUGCAUACAUAGCAUAACUGGUCAACCAAACUUGUCCCAAUUUUUGAUAUUUUCCAGCACGGUUCGUUUGCUAA